AUGCUGUACAAGUUGGUGGUGAUGGGCAGCCCCGGCGUGGGCAAGAGCGCGCUGACCAUCUGCUUCCUCCAGAAGCGCUUCGUGGCCGAGUGCUUCCCCUCUGACAUGGGCCUGUACCACAGUGAGGUGGAGGUGGACGGGAUCCCCUGCGAGCUGAUCAUCUUGGACACUCCGGGAGGCGAGCAGCACCCCGACCGGUGGGAGGACUUCAUACGCUGGGGAGAGGGCUUCCUCUGUGUCUACGCCGUGGACUACAUCAAGACCUUCGUGGAUGUGAACUUCUUCUGGGACCAGCUCCAGAAGGUCAAGGGCACCAGCCGGGUGCCCAUGGUGCUCGUGGCCAACAAAAUUGACCAGACCCACUGGCUGGUGGACUCGGACUUGGGCCAGGAAGCAGGCAGGAACCUCAAGGUGCCCUUUGUGGAAACCUCGGCCAAGACCCAGCAAGGGGUGGAGCAGGCCUUCUAUGAGCUGAUCCGGGAGAUUCGGAGGAUGCGAGGGGAGGAGCCCCAGAGCUGCCUGAGGCCUCUCAGGUGGAGGCAGAGCUUCGGGCUCAGGAACUGCUCCCUCUUGUAGGCCCGGUGUCCUGGGCCCGCUCCUGAGCUCUUGGGGGCCUCUCCCAGCCCUUCCCUAGCCUCCUACAGCCAAACCCUGCUGCAGCUCCUUGGGAGCUCUUGGUGGGUCAUCCAUGUUCUUCCUUAGGAGUUUUCUGGCCUGGGCAUCCCCGCCACCUUGGGCAAGACGGGCGAUUCUCCUGUUUCAUUUGAGAG